GCGAAGAUGCAGUAGAUGAUUAAAGUUACCAAAUUUAGUUUUACAAUGUCACAAAUAAAAUAGUAAAUUAAUCGACGCGCUAGCAAUCUCGCCCACUAUGGAGGUGUUUCAAACGGACAACCAUUACAUUUUCGUUAAGCGCGAUAAAAGUUUGUGGUGGAAUCGUACAACGUCGGAGUUUACAAUAAAAGCAGGCUGGGACUUGAGCUCUGUGGAUGAUAUUGAGUGCAUUGGCGUGACGCACGGCAUUGUGGGCGUAAUUUCUCUACCCAAUGUUUAUGAACCUCAUCUGGUCGUUGUAAAGGAGGCCACUCCCGUAGGCGUACUUUAUCCCCCGCACUUGGUGUAUAAAAUCAAAUCGAUAGCCAUAUUGAGUGCCGAAGAACCAGAUGCUCUGCUGUCCAACUGCACAAAACAUAGCAAAAGCAACAAUUCCACGCCCACACACAAAGCCUCACAUAGCAACAACAAUGCGAGCUCUCUUAACGGACCGGCAGGCGCUAAAACCAAGCUGUUUGAGGGCACACAGCUAAUGAAUAAGACGUGGGGUGCGGUGAAGAUCGCUGGAAAUACUAUUAAGAACACCACUCAGCAGGGGGCGGCAAUUGUCUCCAACCAGGUCAAGUCUUCGGUGGGCAUCCGUGAACCCAAGCGCAUCGAAAAACGCAUAACGGAGGAGCUGCACAAAAUCUUUGACGAUACGGAUAGUUUCUACUUCAGUUUUGACUGCGAUAUAACAAACAAUUUGCAGCGUCAGGAUGCAGCAUCGCAGAAGCCCGACGAACGUUUCUUUUGGAACAUGCACAUGAUCAAGGACAUCGUUCAAUUAAAUGAUAAAACCUGGAUACUACCUAUUAUACAAGGCUUUGUGCAAGUGGAGCCCUGCGUCGUAGGAAAUGAAUGCUUUACUUUAGCCUUAGUGUCGCGACGUUCGCGUCAUCGUGCGGGCACGCGCUAUAAGCGGCGUGGAGUCGAUGAAAAAGGGCACUGUGCCAACUACGUGGAAACAGAACAAAUACUCACCUUUCGCCACCAUCAGUUGUCCUUUACGCAGGUACGAGGAUCGGUGCCAAUUUAUUGGAGCCAACCAGGUUACAAAUAUCGACCUCCUCCACGCCUCGAUCGAGGCGCAGCUGAAACGCAGGAGGCUUUCGAGCUACACUUUUCUAAAGAGCUGGCCAUCUAUGAGCGCGUUUGCAUUGUCAAUUUGGUGGAGCAGAGCGGCAAAGAGAAGCUCAUUGGGGACGCCUAUGCUGACCAUGUGAUAAAAUACAACAACGAAAAUAUGAUUUAUGUAACCUUCGAUUUCCACGACUAUUGUCGCGGUAUGCGCUUCGAAAAUGUCUCGGCUUUAACCGAUGCUUUGGGCCCAGAAGCUGGUUCUAUGGGAUUCCAUUGGCGCGAUCAGCGCGGAAUGAUCUGCAAUCAAAAAUCAGUAUUCCGGGUUAACUGCAUGGACUGUCUGGAUCGCACCAAUGUGGUGCAAACAGCCAUUGGCAAGGCAGUGCUCGAGUCGCAGCUCGUAAAAUUGGGACUAUCGCCACCGUACACUCCCAUACCAGACAGAUUAAAGUCUCCGUUUAUGGUGUUGUGGGCAAACAAUGGUGAUAUUAUUAGUCGGCAAUAUGCAGGAACUAAUGCACUAAAGGGUGAUUAUACACGCACAGGCGAGCGGAAGAUUAGUGGUAUGAUGAAGGAUGGAAUGAAUUCUGCUAAUCGUUUCCUCAUACAAAACUUUGCCGAUUCGUUUCGCCAGUGCAUUAUCGAUCUAAUGCAGGGCAAGCUGCUACAGGCCGAUCAGUUGCAUGAGGACGAGGUGAUGUCGACCAUUAUGCAAAUACUUACGCCCGAGACGCGCGCCCCCUUACAUGGUUAUUACCAUGCGGGCGUCCUAGGACCCGAACUGCAGCUGAUCGAAACUAUCGUCUAUACAAGCUACUAUCUGGCACGCUUUAAGGACUCGUAUCGCCAAGCCACCAUCGAUCUCAUGCUCGGCAAUCAGGUUUCUUCAGAGUCGUUGAGCGCGUUGGGAGGCCAAGCUGCUCCUGAUGAUACAGAUGCCGCCGAGGGUGCUGAACAUGCCAAAAUGCUUGUAGAGGAUUGUCGACGUCUGCUGCUGGGCUCGGAGCAGUAUCCAGUGGGUGCUUGGGGACUUAUUGAUGCGCAUCCCAGAUCUGGUGAUAUCAAUGAAACGGAAGUGGAUAGCGUGUUGCUGCUUACGGACGACUGUUACAUUGUGGCCGAGUACGACUCGCACUUGGAUAAAAUUGUGCGAUUCGAGAAGGUGCAGUUGCAGCACGUGACACUCGUAGAGUUGGGCAUGUAUCAGCAGACAAAGAUCUUUCAAGGAUCGGCACCUGCAUUGCUCUGCGUACGCUUAAGCUAUAUGUUAGACGGACAGGAUGGAUACUAUCACAUGUUUCGGUCGGCCAAUCUACGGUUCUUUAACAACACGGCAUAUGUGAUCAAAACGCAGGAAGAGCUCACCGAAUCGAUGACCUCGAUUGUGGAAAUGUUCCGCAUAGCUCUGGAAAAUGUGGACAACACAACAGUGCGAUUCAUAACAGACGGAGUGCUGCAGCGCCGCAAAAGCAAGAUGCCGCUUUUAGAUGUACCCAAAGGCAUGCCACGGAAUCUUUCGGAAUCUCAGUUGGUGCAAUUCAGCUCUAAGGCGCUAUCCAAUGUCGCCGGUCAAUUCUCGAAACUGGGUCAGACCUUCAAGAAACCCAACGCAACGUCACAACAGUCGCAGGCAAACAACCUGACCGCCACAAUUAAUCCGCAAGUAAUGCGACAGUCCGACGGCAAUGACGUGGACUCUUGCGUCGAGGCGGAUCAGGCUGUUUUCACACUGGGCGGGAAAAAACUCAAUUCGAAUAGCAAUAGCAGCAGCGACAUAGAAGAGCAUGACAAUAGUCUCUAUGAACCGGAUCCGGAUUCAGAUGUGGAUCUGGCGUUAUCGGCUUCGGCGCUCAAUAAGUCGAAUUACAAGGAGAAUUCUUUUAUGCCCUCCGUGGGCAUUGUUAUGGCCAACCAGAAGGAUAGUUCGCCCACCUCAUCCGAAGAUAUGCAACAGCUGGGGCAAAAGGACAGCAUGCGCAAAACAGCCGAAGACGUGCUUACCAUUUCCAUUACGUCGGUGACGGAUCAUGUUGGUCUACCUACGGGCCUGCUGGAAAAUGCACCGCUUGUACGGCCUAUCACACCAAAUCCACAAAUUUGCGUGCAGGCACAGGAAGCUCAGGAGCAGGAGCAAGAGCAGGUGAUGCCGCACUCAAGUGUCGCAGUAAGAGAUCUCAAUCUAUCAUUGGCUUCGAAUACUUCCGAGGCCAACAAGCUCAAACAGAUCGCCAGUCCACUCUCAAAAUUGGCCAAGGGCAUGCAGAAUAUUGGUUUCAACUUGGAUCCACGCAAGAUAGCCACCAAGACCGGCGUUCUGUCCCCGACCACCGUCUCAGCCGACAAUUUACCAACCGAGCGUGUCGUGAAUGCAGAUGCACAGGAUCACUUGCAGGAGAUGUGGACAUCAGCUCAGUGCAAAACUAAAUUGAUUGCUUUAUAAAUAAGCUAUAUGCAUAUAUAUCUAUAGUUGUAAUAUUUCAAAAUUAGGAGUGACAACUCGUAUGUGUGAAUUAUAAAAGCUUAGGCGUAGAAUGCUCGUUACACACGUAGUUGUUUCUUAUAACACUCUUUUUGUCAUAGCAAUUGAUCAAUUUAGUAAAUGUAUAAAGGGAACACAGCAACACCAUAUAUUUAGCAUAUUUUAUUUUAAACAAAACAUUGCACAAAAAUUAUAACAAUUAAAUAUUUGCAACGGUUCUCUUCACUCGAAAUGUUGCCCCACGGCGGUCAAUUUGACAGUUCGGCGAUUUCAUUCUUAAAUAUUUUACGAACAAUGUUUUUGGUUCUUUUCAUAUUUUAUGAUUAGGAAAAUUAGGAAAAAAUUUGAUAAUGUUAUCCUAAAUCUAUAUAAAAGACUAAUAAAUUAUGUGUAGUAAAUGAGA